ACUGGUAGACGAGACUCAGCGACGCAGAUCACGUCGAUAUCGCCGCCGAACGAGCCGCAGGAGUCCUCCACGGCGAAUCAAACUCGCCGGCGGUCCAGCUUGACCAGAUUGACGGACAUCCUGCGGGAAUGGAGCGGCGGUGGCUCGUCCGGGAAGAGCGAGCGGAACAAGCUGUACCGUCGCGAGACGCUGGCCGACAUCGCCAAGUCGUUGCCAUGGUCCAGGCAGACGACCACCGACGCCAGCCACUUGGAGAGGCUGCGCAAGAGGCGGGAGAGUUCGGUCGACAGCGGGAUCCGGAGCCAGGCGUCGACGAAAUCCAGGAAGGACUCGACCAUCAGCGAGCUGAAGAACGACAUCGCCAGGCUAUGGGGCAAGAAGGAGAUUUCGCAGCCUCAACCGCCUCCCACCGUCAUCUCGCCUACUUAUCGAGGCUGGAGCGACUCGAGAGGCUCGCGACGUGGUUCCGGCGAGAGCGGAAGGACCAAGAGCCAAGGCGAGCGGAAGCACAUGUGCAGCCAUCACAGGCGCAGGCAGUCGCAGCAAUCGAUGGACAGCGGGAGCGGCGUGAUGCUCAUGAAAUAUUACAGGAGCGAUCAAAGACCGAGCGCGUCCAGCACCGACAGCGCGACCAGCAACGCUGUCAGGGAACACUUGGAAACGCGCAACUCCAUGGACAAGAGCGAGCGAUCGAGCAGCAUCGAGAGCAAGAUACCGGUGACGACGAGCACCGAGUCGAAAACGUCGACGACCACCACGACAGUCUUGUCGACCACCAGCAUGAUAACGACCACGUCGACCACGUUGACCGCCUCGAUCGUCGAGUCGAAGGCCGUCGCCGAGUGUAAGAAUCUGACCUUCGACUCGUCGUCCAUCAUACCGCCCACCAUCGUCAUGUCGUCGGUAACACCGCCGAGUGUUUCACCGACCGUUGGUAGCAACCUUCCUCUACCCGGCACCUCCACUUCCGGUAGCUCCAGCCCCGUUGGCUCGCCCAACGUCUGCACGCCGACGCAUCCUAUGCUUACCACCAGAAGGGACUCCACUACUCAGGUGAGCUGUUUCGAGGAAACUGUUCAGGAAAUAUCUGUAGAAAUUUGGAACAAAGAAAAGAAAAAAAAAAAAAAAAAAGAGAGAAACAAGCUUAAAUCGGAAAUGAUUGAUUCAACAGCGAAGAACGGAAGAGUCGGUCGUGUUCCUACAGAGAGAAACGGAAGAAUUUCAAUAUGUAAUUUCAGCCGCUGUAAAUUUGUAAUUGAUUGAAGACAGGGUGGUUCGUCUAAGUGGAGAAGACCUUGAAAAGAAAUGAAAAAAUAUUCCAAGUAUAGUUGGCAUAUUUUUUAUAUACUAUAUAUAGUAGACUAUAUAGUAUACAGUAAUUAUAUACUAUACCAGACUAUACUAUAUAGUAUAUAGUGUAAUUACAUAGUAUAUAAUUAUAUAGUACAAUUAUAUAGUACAUAGUAAUUAUACUAUUGGUAGAGUA